CCGUGGGGAUCGAAAUCUUUAAUUACAAAUUUAAAUUAGGUAAAUACAGGGGGCGGUCGGAGCCUGACGUAUCAGGUAUUUGCAAUUGGUCUUCAAGAGCAUGAGUGCCAAAACCGUCGUUGUCCUCGGCCUUGGGAGGGCUUCCGGGUGGGGUCAGGAGGGCGGUGUUGCGUGUUUUUUCCAUUAUUCAAAGGUCUCACUCUUCACUCUUCAUUCCUUACCGCCUUCGAAUUAAUCAUCUAGCAUUCCAAUUCCGCGCUACCAAAAGCUAAUAAUUCCAGAUUCACUCCAAAUCCUGAACUCACUCGAACACUAGUAGUAGAACAAAACUAUGGACAACUCAAGAAAGUCGAACAUCAGCUCCGACAAAGAAGAUUUACAUGUGGUGGAUUCCUCCAAUCGUGAUAGCGAAGAGUUUAAGCCACCCUCGCUGCCGACAAGGUCUCCGGAUUACUCACCCGAGGGAUCAUCAAUUUCCUCGGAUCACACAUCUCUUACUCAUGGGUCAUCCCCAAUUCCAACCCCGAGAGAGGAGCAAACCUCCCCGCCGCACAGCGCACCUGGAAAAUUGCCUCCUAAGCCUCGGCUGCCGGCGCCGGCUAUCAAUCGCUACGUCGUAGGCGAGCCCUUCUCAGUGUCCAAGAUGGCAGAUUCAGGUGGGCAAGGAGGAAGGGUGGAGGACGGUCAUGAGCAGGUUAAAGCAAGUAGCGGACGCAGGUUUCGACCGUCUCUUUGGAUUCCGAGGAGGGCAAAGACAGAGCAAUUGAUGAAGAAGGCUGCUUUGGGGUUUAGGGCUUUUGGGUUUUUGUUCUCAUUGGUUUCCUUUUCCGUCAUGGCUGCUGAUAGGCAUCGAGGUUGGGCACUUGAUUCAUUCGAUCGUUACAAGGAAUUCAGGUACUGUAUGACAGUGAAUGUGAUCGCAUUUCUGUACUCCGGAGCACAGGCCGUGGAUCUGGGCUACCAGUUAUGCGCUUCCAAGUCAAGGCUUCUGCACCGUUUUCGACACCCUAUUGAUUUUGCUCUUGACCAGGCACUGGUUAUUUUGCCAAGGUAAAUUGGGGGCAUUUGAAGGAAUGUUAAUCAGGGACCACACGGUAGUGGUGAUGGUGUUCUCUUCAUUUAAUGUCCAAAUUAUGGUAAUGGUAAUCGAUUGAGUAGAAGAAAAGGGGACACCUUGGAUUGGGUCAUUCGUGUGGUUUUGAGGUGGGUGGAAGAAAUAAUUGUUGCCGUGUUGCAACGUUCAAGGGUCUUUCGUAGGCCUUAGUCCGACCUUAAAUGGAGUUGUAGUACUAGUAACCUUGUAUUUUUCCUAUCGCUUUUAUGUGGGUCAUAAUACACUUGGCUGAUAUUCCCCCACAGCAUUAACAGUGGCUGGAAUUGGAAGUUGCUACUUUUUGCCGAGGGUCCAUGCUUCUAGUUCUAAAACUAUCGCUUUUGCUGGUAGAUUCUCUGCUUCGUGAAAUUAUCUAACACGGGAUACUGCAUUUUUAAAUUCUAAAAUGAUGGAAACUAGUGACAGGACUAGUUUUAUAAGCUUUCAAAAGAGAGAGAUCAGCAAUAAGCAGAAGGCAAAAGAAGAAGGAAGAACCUGAUCUUUUUCUUGCAAUGUUUCAAGGGUCCAAUGAUGCUUUAGUAUUUGCACCUUUUCCAUGUUUCCGUUGCAUGAUAUAAGUAACCUACUUGCUUUCUGCACUUCCUCAUCAUGGUGCUCUAAUAAUAUUCUCUUGGUUGUCAACACCGUUUGAUUUAGGCUGGUUUAGAAUGGCGGACUUUAAACAAUUAAAACUUGGGGCAAAUUUUCACCUGCAUCGGGCAGAUUGUUUCUAGGAUCUUGUAUACAGGAGGACAAAAGAGGCUGCUCUGUAAAGAGUACUUAUACAAACUUUUCAAGUUUUAUUUAUUCAGCCUUCUGUUAUUUACCAGACUCCAAGACAAUUACAUCAGUCUGAUCUGCAGGACCUGCCUUCAAUUCGGAAGCUUCUAAUCAAAGCUUAAUCUAGAUAGAAUAAUGAUAUGUUUUACUAGGCGUUUCUUUCUUUUCCAUUUUGUUGGAUUAAAUGAAACAAGCUGAUCUUCCAUCUUAUUAUGGGCCAAAACUUAGUGGCAAUAGAAAUGGUUUGAAAUUUUCAGAUGAUAUCGUAUCUUCUAAUAUCAGCAUCAUCUUCUGCUGCUACUCGAGUUGAGGACUGGGAAUCAAAUUGGGGCAAGGACAAAUUCCCAGAUAUGGCGAGCACGGCUGUGUCAAUGUCCUUCCUUGCAUUUGCGGCCCUAGCUUCCACUGCUCUCAUAUCUGGCUAUGGCCUUUGCACGUCCAGACAGAUGUAGUAUUUAGUUUGUCUGGAUAUAUGUGAUUUCUGAAUUGUGUAUAUCUAGGUGGAUUUUUCUUCCUUACAAAUGGUUUUUUUUUUUUUUUUUAAUAACGAAUAGGACAACUUUAACACAACUGAUAAUACAGUGCUUUUUCGAAGAUGUAUGCCAAAUUUUUUUUUUU